CAGGCUACGUGAACGUCAUACUUGUGGUGUUGUAGUCAUGCGAAAAUGGAGGCUGUUCCGAGGUUACCUAUGUUAUCGUGCGAAUUAAAAAUCAGCCCAUCACCAUCUGAUUUUGGCCCGCCUUUAAAAAAGUUCAUACGAGAUCAUUACCAUGAAGACCCUGAAUCGUAUAAUAAAGAAAUCAAAGAACUGGAGAGCUUGCGGCAGUCAGCAUGUAAAGUGCCAAGGGACUUCACAGGGUGCAGCACCUUGAAGAGGUACUACUCUCAGCUGUUGAGCUUGCAGAAUCGGUUUCCCAUGGCAGAAGAUGGACCAGCCAGUGUUCCUUUUGUGUGGAGUGACAUUUUUUCGGGUCUGGUAUUCAGUAUAACAGACAUUAAGUAUGAACAGGCAUGUAUAUUAUAUAAUAUUGGAGCUCUUCACUCUGAACUUGGAGCGAUGGACAGCAGACAUAAUGCAGAGGGUAUGAAGAUAGCCUGCACACACUUCCAGUGUGCUGCUUGGGCAUUUCAGCAUUUGAGAGACAAUUUUCCACAACCAAAAGGUAGUGAUAUGUCACAUGAUCUGCUAACUUUCUUCAUUAAUAUUAUGUUGGCUCAAGCCCAGGAAUGUAUUUUAGAGAAGUCCAUGCUAGACAGUAGAAAAUCUUCAAUUACUGCUAAGGUUGCAGCACAGGUUGUGGAAUAUUACAAAAUUUCCAUGGGCAACCUGAUGGCUGGGGGUUCUAACAUGGAGCCUGGUUGCAUUCUUGAUAUAGUUGGAGGAAAGACAUUCAAGACAUGGAAGAAGUUUCUUGAAUUCAAGAUGGCCUAUUAUGCUUGUAUAUCACAUUUAUAUAUGGGUAACCAAGCUGAGGACCAGCAGAAGAUGGGGGAACGGGUGUCAUGGUACCAGUCAGCUCAAGAAAAAUUGGAAGCUGCUGCCAAAAUAGCAAAGUCAAUUGAAAGAGAAGACCUUAAUGAUGCUCUUACUUUUACUAUGGAUGUUGUUGGUGGAAAACAAAAUGCUGCAAAGAAAGAAAAUGACUUUGUUUACCAUGAAAAGGUACUGCCUGUGGAAUCUCUGCCUGAAAUAAAAGGUGCUUCUCUAGUGAAAGGGAUUCCCUUCAGCCCAUCUGAUCCUGAUGUUAGUGGACCCGAUAUAUUUGCUCGUUUGGUUCCUAUGGAAGCUCAUGAGGCUGCAUCUUUGUACAGUGAAGAAAAAGCAAAACUGUUACGUGCUAUGGCAGCUAAAAUAGAGGAUAAAGAUCAAGAAUUGUUAACCUACAUGUCUUCUCUUCAGUUAGAUAUAAGCUCACUGAAGCCAGAAACUGAAAAAAUUCCACAGGAACUCUUAGAAAAAUGUGCUGCUUUUAGUGUAAAACCUACAGCCUUGAAGGAUCUUACAGAUUUAAUGGAAAAUUUGACUGAUAUCAGUAGAGAAGUUGAAAAUAUUCUCAGUGAAAGUAAGACAAUGUUAACAGAAGAAGAAGAAAAGGAAAAGCAUCAUCAGGUGACACAUGGAAAACGAGCACCAUCAAUGAUCACCUGUGAACUGAUGAAAGAAUGUGAGAAGUAUCAAGUGGCUCACAAGAGGGCCUCAGAAUCCAAUGCCACAUUACAUAAAGCUUUGUCACUACACUUGGACAACCUGAAGCUCCUGACAGGACCACUUGAAGAAUUACAAAAAGCUUUGCCCUCUGUUUCACUCUUGGAUGUUCCAAAUUCUGAAGGUGGGGCUCGAGAGUUGGAGAAACUUCACAACAAAGUUGAAGAGAUGCGAUGUCAGAGGUCUAUGUUGGAAUCCCAAUUGCGAGAAGCUGUACAGAAUGAUGACAUUACUAAACUUCUUGUUACUAGGGAUAAAAAUGAUGAUUUACAGAAACUGUUUGAUGAAGAACUGAAGAAACACAGUCAUUUAUUAGGACUUCUGGAGCAAAACCUUGCUGCUCAAGAUAAUAUCCUGCGAGCUUUGACUCAGGCCCAUGCACGAUAUGCAGAUACCAGAAAAGCCACAGAAGACGUCCUACAAAGGAGAAAGAUGUUUGUUCUGUCACUCUUGAAUUCCUGUGAAGCAUAUGAUGACUUGUUAGCUAAAUCUGAGAAAGGGUUGGACUUCUACAAAAAACUCCAGAACAAUGCUGCACGUGUCCUGGCAAGAGUUAAGAGUGUGAUCAGUGUACAGGAUGAAGAAAGGACUCAGCUGUCACAAGUACAAUAUAGAAAAGGUAGAUCAGGAGGUUAUGGUAGUCCAAUUGCUCCUGUAACAGGUCCAAAACUGAAAGAUUUCCUGCCUUACAUGACAGGCCACUCUCUACCACCUGUAGGUACUUCUGUAGGCAACCAGGGUCCUGGAAGUUCCAUUGUGCCUUCUGUUGGGACACAGCCUCAGGUUGGUGUAAUUACAAGCCAAGUACCUCCAAGCUUGGACCCUUCUCGUGGUGUAAUGCCUCCAGAAGUUCUUAAGAGACCUUCUCAAAAAUCAGUACAAGAAGUGGGGAAGCUUCCUUUAGGGUCACAACCAAAUGCCUUGGAAGUAUCUAAAUCUUCAGUGACUAUGGAAGAUAGGCCAGCUCCUGUUGGGUCUGAACAAACCACUACCACAGGCAUGUGUGUUACCUCUAGUUACACAUCAGUCUAUAGCUACGAUUAUUACAAACAAGCUUCUCAGAAUGUUUAUCCACAGUCUCAACAAAUUCCUCAGCAACCUGCUUCAGUGCUCUCACAACAUGGUCAACAGGUUGGACAUCCUUAUCUUCAAGGCUUGCAUCAUUAUGAUGUUCAAGCUUCAACACCUAGCACUAGAUCUGCAAGAGAAAACAUGAACAAGUCCCAGCUUACCCAUUAUGAGAAUUACUCAAAGCUUCAGCAGCCCCAACAUGGGACCAUGUUUUCAGUUCCUUCUUCAGGUGAUAUACCCACAACACAGACAGUAAACAUCCCAUACAGACCUCCCCAGUCAUCCAAGGACAUACACCCGCAAUACCAGCAAUCCCAAUUUUCUAGUGGUUCAUCCAGUCAACAUCUACCAAGUCAGUACCAACCUCCUCAGCCAUCUGGUGGAAUACAUACACAAUACCAGCAAUCUCAACUUGCUGGUGUAUCAUCCACUCAGACUUUUCAAGAUUGUUAUCAACUUCCUCAAUCGUCUGGUACCACAUACCCACAACACCAUAAGUCUCAACCUACAAGUGGACCCUCCUUACAGCCUUUACAACCAGCAUAUCAACCAUCUGCUAGAAUACAUACACAAUAUCAGCAACCUCAAUUUUCAGGUGCUUCAUCCACUCAAACCUUCCCAACUCAGUAUCAGUAUCCUCAACCCUCUAUCUCAUCUACUCAACCCCUACCAAGUCAGUACCAACCCUCUGGUGUUUCAUCUACCCAACCCUUACCAACUCAGUACCAGCCUGUUCAACCAUCUGGUGUUCCAUCAACCCAACCAUUACCAACCCAAUAUCAUUAUCCCCAACCUUCUGGUGUUUCAUCCACCCAGCAUUUACCAACCCACUACAAGCCCAGUCAACCUGCGGGUAUUUCAUCUACUCAGUCCUUACCUAUCCAGUACCAGUAUUCUCAGCCUUCAAAUGUAUCUUUUACCCCAAAUGUAACAACCCAGUACCAGUAUUCACAAUCCCUUGCUGGUUCUGCAUCUACUCAAACUUUACCAAAACAUUACCCUUAUUCACAGCCUGCAAGUGAUUCCUCCAAUCAGAGCUUACAGUCACACUACCAACAUCCUCAGCCUACUAUAGCUAGUCAACUUCAGCCUGCAUAUGGUCAUGGACAAUUUCUGCCUUACUCUGUUGGAACCCAGAAUGUACCACAUCCUAUCCCACAACAAUCCCAAGGAGCAAUUUCUGUGGCACCUUCAGCCCAACAACUAACUACUGGCUACUCACAAGCCUACCAAUAUUCUAAUGUUCCAGGAGGAACUCUGUCAGCACAGUUGCAGGAUCCUUAUUAUCAGUAUCCAUACUACCAGCAGUACCAAAUGCAAGGGCAGCAAGUGAGCUCUGUUCCUUCACUUGUCUCUCAGCAACAUCCUCAACACCAGACAACAUCCAUUCAGCAGCCUAAUGUCCAACAGGAAGUCUCUGCUCAGCCUCAUCCAGAUAGUUUAGGAUCCCCACUGCAACCAUUGCCUGCAAGCACCCCACAGUCUCCAGUGAAACAAGAGAUUCAUGAAGAAACUGGAAAAAUGUUGAGUAAUAGAACUCCUUUGGACACACCUUCUAAAACUACAGCACCUUUUCCUGUUCCUUGUAGUCCUGCUCACUCUAGGCAGUCAAUUGACAGCAUCAGUGACCGGGAGGACUUGCUUUCCAGCACCCCAGAAACUGGAACAUUGAACAAAGAGCAGCAACCUGUUCUUCAACCGGAAGUUAUAUCAGUUGAAGAGUUGAAACUGAAGAAACAACAGAUGGAACAGGAAAAGCAGCUUCACCUAGGAAAAGAUCCACUCUCAGACCCAGUUGUCUUAGACAGAUUCAUUACUGAGGUUGAGAAGUUUGAGAAGUAUGUAGAAGGAUUGACUCGCAAAAAUCUGAAUGGUACUUCUCCGUUGGACCAAAAGUGGAAAGAUUUAGAAAAUAGCCAAGAGCGUGAUCCACAAAAGUGUUCUAUCUCUGUUGCUCGAUGUUAUCCUAUGAAGAAUAGAUAUCCUGAUAUCAUGCCUUAUGACAAAAAUCGUGUACAACUUACAUCCUUACGAAAUGACUAUAUCAAUGCUUCUUAUGUAUUGGACAUAACUCCCAUGAGUCCAAAGUUUAUUGUCACACAGUCUCCUCUCUCCACUGCAUAUGGGGACUUCUGGACUAUGGUAUGGGAACAGCAGGCUGAAGUUGUGAUCUGCCUACAAAGUAACCAAGAGCUAAAUCCUCCCCUGUACUGGCCUACCGAACGAGGUCAGUCUAUCAAACAUGGACCUGUAACUAUCAACUUACAAAGUUGUAAAGAGAAACAGUUGCACGUUGAACGAGUUAUCAAUAUUACCCAUGUUCAGACCAAGAUAUCACGUGUGAUCAUCCACAUGCAUUAUACAACUUGGCUACCAAGUGGAAUGCCUAGCAAUCCUCAGUUACUGCAGUUUGUGAAUGAGGUUCACAGUUAUUAUCAGCAACAACGCAGCUUGGCAAAACCCGUAAUUGUGCACUGCAGUGGUGGGAUCGGACGAAGUGGUGUCUUCUGUCUGGUGUUUGCAGCAGUCCGUGAAAUGGCUGCUGGCCAUGGACCUCUGGAUAUUGUGAAAGUAGCGUCCAUCAUGAAUCAGCAGCGGAAGUACCUGUUACAGGAGAAGGAACAGCUAAAGUUCUGUUACGAAACAGUUCUGUACCAUGCUCAGGACCUCCUUAUGAAGCGUGGAAUACUGACAAAUAAAGGAAAAUUUCAAGAUAAACUACAAUGUGCAGGUUCAGGGCGAACCCAUACUCGUCAUCCUUCAGAAGAUUUCAUACUUGGAGGGGGUGGACUUUCUAAACUGCAGUCUGAUAUGGCUAAGCUGGAAGUUCAGGAGUAUGAUUCUAAGGUUGAGGAACCAUCUAAAAUUGAUAAAUCUGAGGAACAUGAUUCAAAAAUUGAGGAGCCUUCUCAGAACCAAGAACAGUUUGAAGAAGUUGUUUCAAGCUCUACAGGUCAGAUUGAAGAGACACCUGGUGAGAAUAUUUUGGAUUCAACUGGUCAGACAGGUUUAUUGGAACAGCCAAAAGUUGAAAUAGGAGACCCAAGAUCGGGUGCCUUCUCAAGUGAUGGUAAUGUUUCAAAGGCUUCUGAGGAGAAGCCACCCACAGAACCAUCUGAAGGAGAAAACACUCAACCAUCACCAUUAACAAGCCUACUUGAUCCUGCACGUUUCAGUUUAGACCCAGUUGUAGCAUCACCAAGUAAGCAGAAGAUCACUAAAGAUAGUUUUUUGAAUCCAAGUGGAUCCUUGUCUUCUCAGACAGCUGAUCCAUCAGAUCCUUUUAGUCAGCUGGAUCCUCUGUGGUCACUAAAAAAAGAUAAAAAGUAGUGUUUGAAGAACCAUAUUUGUUUCAUUCCUUAUAAUAGGCCUGUAAAAUUUGUAUAUUAUAUGUAUGAAUUCCUUUGUGUAAUCUGGUAUGGAGUUUUUCUGUUCAAGAUUUAUUGGACAUAGUGUUUAAGAUUGAUGUCAAAACAGUCGGAAAACUAGCUUGAUGUAACCACACACACACAAUGAAGCUUUUACUUUGUUCAAAUGUCUUUUUGUUUUUUUUUUUCUUUUAAAAUAUUAAGUUCUAUAAAUGUAAUGUUUUACAGUAAUAUACAUUUUUUUUAUGCUCAGAAAGAACCAAAAAAAAACUUUUAGUUGUACAAUGUGUAAGAAUAUUUUGGUUAUAAAGGUUAAAUGUAGUUUCUGAAUAGCUUCCCUUUCAAAAGAUAAAAAAGUGAUCAUUAUUUACAUUAUUGUAAUUCUUAUAUGGUAAGAUUUUUUGAUCUUUAAUAUUUUUACAGUUCUAGUUUAAAAACAAAUUGUUAAUGUAUUGAAUUACUUGUAUAGACAUUGAAGUGUUGCAUCUUUUAGUAAAUAUUACGCACUAUUUAUAAUAUUAGCAAAUAAAGAUAAUCAGAAAGCUUGUGGUGUGAAGAUGCUUGGAAAUUUUUAUUAUUGGUUAUUUUAAUAUUCCACCACUUAAAGUAAAAUUCGACCAAAUUUUUGCUAAAGCUUUUAUAAACAAAACAAAUUAUUAUUAUUUUUAAGUUCAAAAGUAUUGAAUAAUUGCAUUUUUCUGAUUAACAUAUUGAAAGAUAAACAGAUUUACUAGUUAGUUUUAUAUCUGGUUAAUGCUCAAGAUUCAGAUUUAUGGAAUAGUUUGCUAUCUUUGUGAGUUUGAUUUUUCUUUUGUUCAUAUAAUUUGAGCAAUAAACAAGAGUAAUCUCUUUCCAUUGACUUAGAUGGUGUUUGUAAUUUUUUAAUAUUAAAAUAAUGUUCAAAAACAUGAGUAAUGAUUAUGAAAAAGGUUUUGUUAAUUGUAUGUGGUAAUAAGAUAGCUGUUUUGUAUUUUCUGCAUUCGAAAUAACAUUUUUGCACAACUUAAUACAUGCUAGUGAAUUGUGGUAUUUGUUUUUAUGAUUUGUAUUCUAGAAAUAUAAUACAUAAUACCGCAAACGUUUAUUAGGGAAGAUAAUUUUAAAAAGUCAAGAAGGUUUUAAGCAUGAUAAAUUGAUACUACCAUGCACGUUAGAAGGAAAAAAAAACUUUCAUGCCUAGUGUAAGCAAGUAUAACACAUAACCUAGAAGACAGGUAAUUUGGAAACUUACUUUUGUUCUUAGCUUUUCAAGCACUGUUUGUUUUUAUUGCUCGUUGAUAAAAACAGUAAACAUGUGAGAUGCAACAGCUUCAGUUAAGUAUAACAUGACUGAGGUUUUUUUUUUCCCAGUUGGGUUAAACUUAUAUAAUUAAAAUCGUUGGUAUAGCAUUACAAAGAUAAAAUAUUUAAAUAGUGAAUUACUUUCUUUAUAUUGUUUACUCUGAUAUGAAAUCUAAUGUAUAUGAUGAUAAAGAUUAUGCUGGGUACGAAACAAACAGAAACUUAGCCGUUCCCUUACACAAACAUUCCAAGAAGUACUGUUACGUUGCUUCCAAUUGCUCGAUUAUAAGUGUAUGUGUAUUUUGUAUUGGUAAGUAAGUACUAGGUAAGCUAGUGUUUUUAUUAUUUAAAUUCUGAAGACUUAGGUUAUAAGACGUUUCCAAUAGAAAGGAAAAUCUGAAGCAUAGCAGUUCAAUUGGCAGUGAUUAUUUGACACUGUCUCUCGACUUUACAUAUGUUAUUUCGCAAACAGUCCCUUGAAGCUUAACGAAACGGAUUCAUGUUGUUGGUAAUUAAACAUUAAACUAAACUUGAAGAUCAGUAAAUAAUCUGCUAGAAAUAUGUGAUCGCAAGUUAAUUUUGAAGAUAUAUAUUUAAUAACCUGAUGUACUCAACCAAUAAAACUUUUCAAAAAA